CGCCUCUCACGGGACUCUUGCCAACUCAUGGAGACUGAGAGAGGGGGUAAUGAGAGUUUAGGAGGUGUGUACUGUUGCAAGGCUGCAAUCCUCGCUGUCUGCACUCAACGCAAGUUUUGUUCUGGGGAUUGAGUGACGCCUCGAAGUUCGGUUCAGGUUACAGCGAGUGAUGGCAACAGAUUAAUCUUUUGGAGCUAAUUUAAAUAAAAGCUGUCGUUCAUCAAUAUGGCUUCAGAUGCCAGUCACAUGCUUGAAGCUGCCUUGGAGCAAAUGGAUGAUAUUAUAGCAGGUUCCAAAGCUGCUGCAGAAUACUCCAAUGGAAUCUUUGAUAUUGCCUCACCUAUCCCACCAACCUAUCUGAGGUCACUGCAGAUUUUGCAGCUUGUGGAAGAUUUGAGGAUCGGCCUGGAGAUGUUGGGAAGUGAGCACGAGAGGGAAGAAGUACGAAAUCAGAUCCCUGCUGCUACUGUGCAGACAGUUGCCAGCUGGCUGGAUAAUUUCUCUGGCAAUCAUCGUGCAGCUGUGAAUAAUGAAACCUGCCGAGAGCGACUGACGCGAUUGGAGAGUGACAGGGAGUGCCUGGUGCUACAGGUGAGUGUGCUAACAGAUCAGGUGGAGGCCCAAGGGGAGAAGAUCAGAGACCUGGAGGCUUGUCUGGAGGAACAUCAGCUGAAACUCAGCUCAACUGAAGAGAUGCUACAGCAGGAGCUGCUGAGCAGGACAGCACUGGAGAGCCAGAAACUGGAUCUAAUGGCUGAGGUUUCAAGUCUGAAAAUUAAACUGGCUGGAUUAGAGAAGGACCACCGGGAAUGUGAUGAGUUGCAGAAAAGUGAGAACUUGCUUGGGGAAUUACGAAGCCUGAAAUCUAAAGUGGAAGAGCUAGAGGAUGAAAAGAUUCAGUAUGAACACAAGUUGGCAGCCACAAAGGCUGAAAUAGAAGAUCUGAAGGAACAGUUGACCAUAAAAGAUAUUGAAAUUGAGCGAUUACAGAGCCAGCUUUCCUCCAGAGCUUCUGUACAGAGUGAUGGGUCUGACAGAGACCAAGAAGUGCAAAGGUUAAAGAUCGGAUUGGAUUCUUUGCUGGCCUCAAAUGAAGAAAAGGACCAUCGGAUAGAAGAGUUGAGUCGCCUGUUGGCCCAGUGUAAAAUGAUGAAGCAGAUGAUAAUGACUCAAGGGUCUUCUGAAAGGAUAUUAAUGGGGAGCAGUGAGGAAGAGUUAAGUGGCUGUUCAAUGAAUGCUACCCCUACUAAAGUGGCUCACUCCGAAGUAAUGAGACCAGAGGUCUCGCCCAAUAUCUCCUCAUCUCCGGUAGGACCUCACCUGACACCAGUCGAGUUUGAAAUGAGGAUACAACCACGACAGACCUCAGCCAGCUUAGACGAGCUGAACAGUGGACAAACUGAGAAGCUAUCAGACUUGGAAAAAGAAGAGUCUGCACAUUCUGAGAACAAGCCAUACCCGAGUAACAGCAAAUACCAGACCCUUCCAGGGAAACUUCCACAGUCUAAUCACCAGGACAACUCUGAACAGUUCCCACCGAAGCAGAAAGUGACUACUAUCCCAAACACGCCACCUAUGAGCCUGGUAGACUUGGAAAACACCUCCGUCAAUCUGAGAGAGACUGAGAGAAGUGUUGACUCCACUUUUAGUUCGCCCAACCUUUCACCUCUGUCCUCAACCACUGAAACUGAUCAAUUUCCUUCAAUAUCCCCCGAGAACAAAAAGAGUAGCAAAGGGCUCAAGAAAUUCCUGGGAAGAAUUAGAAGAACCAAUUCAUCUUCACUUCAAGAUGAAGAUGAGGGCACUUUGGAAUUCCGAAGAGGUGGUUUACGAGCAACAGCAGGACCCUGUUUGACAAGGUCUAAAGAGUUGUCAUGCCCAAGGAUAGACCCGAGUGCACCUUUCUUUCAAUGGACGACUGAACAGGUUUGCACUUGGCUCCAGGACGGUGGGCUUGGUCAGUAUGUGGCUUUGGCCAGGCAAUGGAUUACUUCUGGGCAGACGCUGUUAUCGGCAACACCUCAGGACCUAGAGAAGGAGCUUGGUAUUAAGCAUCCGCUGCACAGAAAGAAAAUCCAAGUGCUGCAGAAGUCUGUCAGUAAUGGACAGAAUGACAGCGCAGGGAAAUUGGACCAUAUCUGGGUCACGCGUUGGCUUGAUGACAUUGGCUUACCUCAAUACAAAGAUCAAUUCAAUGAAGCCAGAGUGGAUGGGAGAGUCCUCCAGUACUUGACUGUGAAUGACCUUCUGUUUCUAAAAGUUACCAGUCAGCUGCAUCACCUUAGUAUUAAGUGUGCCAUUCAUGUACUACAUGCCAAUAAGUUCCAUCCUAACUGCCUUCGACGAAGGCCUUCUGAUGAGAAUCACACCUCUCCAUCUGAUGUGGUCCAGUGGUCGAAUCAUCGGGUGAUGGAAUGGCUGAGGUCGGUGGAUCUCGCAGAAUAUGCACCAAACCUUCGAGGGAGUGGUGUACACGGUGGUCUUGUUAUAUUAGAGCCACGCUUUAACUCUGAAACAAUGGCUUUGCUCCUCAAUAUCCCACCACAGAAGACAUUGCUUCGGCGGCACCUGACCACACACUUCAACCUAUUGAUUGGUCCAGAAGCUCAACAUGAGAAGAGAGAGUUAAUCGAAUCAAGUAGUUACACGCCCCUGAACACUACAGCGAAAGUGAGGCCAAAGAAACUUGGCUUUUCUCAUUUUGGAAAUCUCAGGAAGAAGAAGCUUGAUGAGUCAAGUGAUUACCUUUGUCCUCCAGGCAUGGUUCAUCCAGCAACCAAUGGUUCCCAGAGGAACUGUACAGGAUACAAAGCAAAGAAGGUUGUGGCAGACAGGGAAUUGAACAGCCUGGAGCAGGUGGGGAAUCUGAAGUGUUAAUCUGCCUCAGCAGGAGAUCCUAGGAAGCCAAGGUUUUAAAAAGAUAACGUUUGGUAACCUCAAGACAGUGAAGCACUGGGCAUGACAUCAUUCGCUAAUGUACUAACAUGACUCUGGAGGAAUCAUCCAGAAAACUCAAGCCAAAGUUACGAUUUAACCAUCAAGCAACAGUUUGCGUGCGGAUUAAUAACAAUGUGGUGUCUUACUAUAACCCACCAUUUUCACAUUAACUCUUUAAGUGAAGAGAAUUGUGUGUUUCACUAAAACCAUUCUACUUGUACAGAAUCAAUGGAAAUAUAUAUUUUGGCAUGAGAAAUCGUAUAGAUAUAUUUCAUAUGUAAUUCUAGAAGGUUAAAUUCUGUAUAAAAUGUGUUUUAAUAUUUACACACAAUGUAUGUAUUUUAUAUUUAUAAUUUUGAGAGGAAAUUAUGUUACAUGACCACCUAGUAUUUGACACUAAAUGACGUCUGAUGAGAUGGGGCCAUUCUGUGCCUUAAUUAUCAGAGAUUUCCUCCGUCCCAGUCUCAGUGUAGCUUUUGACAGCAUUGCAGCUGCAGAAAUGUCAGUUCCAAGGUAAUUCCUGGAAAUUUUGAGUCCAAUGCCAAAAGACAGUCUAUAGAGAUUGACGUCCCAAGUGGAGAUCUGAUUGAAUGACCCCAUAUAUGGGGAUCUACCAGGGCAAAUGGAAUAAUCUGUGAUACUUCAGAAUGAAUAGAUCAGAAAUCUACGUGCAUGAAGCUUGUAGAAUUCCAAUGAAUACAGGAGAGCAACAUCUUUAAAUACAGCUGUUCCCCAGGCCACGGACAAAGAAACUGUCAGCAUUUCCCCUUUGGGUGCCAAGUGAUUUAAUAGUAUUCACUUAUGGUAUCCUCUUGAUCCAAGAUAUUUCUCAUUUUCUUAACCUGCUGUAAUGUUAUUAAAAUUUUCUGUUGAAUCUCCCAGUUUUAGUGGAAAGUUUGCAUAGAAAACAAUUUGAUCUUUAAAGGGAGGGAUAUUUGUCCUUGUUCACAAGUCAAUGUAAUCUCUAUCCCUGUGACAGAAUUGUCACUUUAUUGCUGCCGCUCUCUUACAUUCUGCAAAUUGCGAAUAUAGUGCUCCAAGUUCAGGUGUGAUCAAAGUUAAUGUGGGAGAACCACAUGGAAUGCACUAAAUUCCGGCUAUUCCCACCACAUGGUCCUGUGAUGCGACAUUCCCUUAGAAUCAUACAAUACAGGAGCGACCCUUCAGCCCGCCUGGUUCUAUCUGAUUUUUAUUUUAAAAUUACACUUCUGUUCCUGACACAUGAUAUUUAUCCAGAACUGUAAUGAGGUAUUUUCAGUCCUGCUGCAAACUUUGCAACAAAGUCAUGAUGUAAAUCGCAAAUGAUCACAUUUUGGCUCCAGAGUGUUAUAUCUGAGGUUUUGCAGGAAUAGGAACACGUGUUGUACUAUAUCAGUGUCAUUUGCCAAAAAUAGAUCUAAACAAGUAAGUAUGGUAAAUGCCAGUUUGUUUAUUUGUUUGUAGGAUUUUCUGCCAACUUUGAGUUAUAUUGGAGUCAAUGUAACAUUCUAUCUCUGAAACAUCAGAAUAAUGUUAAGUCUGCAAUAAUCUAUGGCUCUGUACAAUGUAAUUAUGAACUUUGUUGUAUUGCAGAGGAGUGUGGGAGACGAGAAAGAACCAAAUAUUGGGGUGGCAGUUUGUGGAACAGAGUGAGGCAGGAAACAAACAUACUAAAAGAUUAAUUGCAGUUUAAAUAAAUCCAUUGAACUAGUUUUUUUAAGACACCUCAAAUCAGGAGGCCUAAAUUGUUGCUCUUAUGCCCAAACAUUGCAAUGCAACCCUUGAGAACGAGGUGACCCCAUUUAACUUACUUGUAUUUGAGGUGCCUUAAGGUUUGGGAAAGGUGCUGCAGAUAACUACAAAAAUAUCAGAAACUUGAGAUAUGUGCAAAUAAAGGUGAAUAUGAUUUAAUUUUGACUAUUUGAACUCCACAGUUCCCUACUCUCUCUCACUGUCCAGACCAGAAAGGGUAAAAGCAAAACUUAAAAUUUUUAUAAAAUGAGUUUAAUAUACAAGCUGACACCCAUUUAAAACACAGCUGUUUUUAAAGAAUAGUUAUUUCCCUAAUUGACACAUUUAUUAAAAAUUAUGUUUAUAUCUUUUUCAAUGGCAUUGAUAAUAGUUUGAGUUUUUAAAAAUUCACCUCUAAUCCCUGAUUUUAAGGACUAUAUAAAAUGUUCUGAUUUUGUUUUUACAAAAUUGCGAAUAAAGAGAUUCUUCUU